AUGGAAGAAUUCCCUACUCUAACAGAAUUUUUAGAAUUUCUUACCAGUUGCAGUGCCUUUCUGGAAUCAGUGAGUCGUGCCAACCGCAAUCCUCAAUUUUCCUCUGCGAGCAAUGAUAAUCGAAGCAAUAGUAGAUUGCAUAACCAUGCAAGAAAUACAGCUCAAGCAUACGUUACAGCGAAUGCGUUGUCUUGUUCAAUAUGUUCGGAGAAUCAUAAGACACACGAAUGUAGUAUAUUGCGUGGAAUGUCGCCAGCGGACAGAAAUUCGGAAAUUAAAAGGAAGCGUUUAUGUAUUAAGUGCCUUAAGACAUUUCACGGUAGAAAUUGUAAGGCUCCCAGUUGUAAACAAUGUAAAGGUUAUCAUAAUACGCUAUUACAUAUUCCGAGUUCGGAAGAUUCACAAGUAUCAAAUGUUAAGGACAUAAGGUCUAAGCAAGAAAGUAAGUUAAUGUCCGCGGUUGCCAAUCACGCGCAGGAUCAGCCUUCUGUUGGUCUUAUUUUAAGCUCACCCUCCGUAGCAGUUAAUAAUUGCAGCACGCAAAAACUACCUCAGGUGUUACUCUCCACAGCUGUUAUAUUGGUGCGCGAUGAUUACGGUGCCCUACGCGAAUGUCGCGCCCUUCUUGACAGCGGGUCGCAAUCCAAUUUCAUUACUAAAAGUUGCAGUAAAUUAUUAGGUAUAAAACCGGAAACUAUUAACACGACUGUUUUAGGCAUCAGUAGCUCAUCCAUAAACGCAGCGCAGCAAAUAACCACCACAAUAAAAUCGCGAACAAGCACUUUCCAGGGUAAACUGCCCUUCAUGAUCAUCCGCAAAAUCACUGAGAGCUUGCCAACUGUAGAAUUAGAUAAAGGAAAUCUACAAAUUCCUUAUGAUAUUCAGUUGGCUGAUCCUCAGUAUCAUAUCCCAGCAGAGAUAGAUAUCUUAUUAGGCGCGUCUAUCUUUUGGGAGUUGCCAAAUUCGGCCACCAGGACAAACGCUCAUAUUGCAGGAGACCCUACUUGGAUGGAUCAUAGCUGGGCAAACCCAAUCAAAUGA